CACGACAGAUUUGUAAAGAGUUAGAUUUGUUUGAUGUAUAUUAUAAGUGUCACACAGACAAAACACAAGAACAUGCUUGUUUAUUCUACUGAAUUCAACAUGACAAUAGAAUAUUAAUGUAGCGUGACGUUUUGAAUACCUUUUGAAAAAUAAGCGUUAUCCAAUUCCAAAAUGGAUCGCGAAAAUAUUCACAUAGUCUGACAUACAGUGGUUCAGAAUGAAUAAGUAUUGACACUAAUCAGUUCAGCUAAAUGGAAUUAUGUCAAAUUGUUGUAUGCCUAGGGUGAACAAAUUAUUCUGAAUUAACUAUUAUGUUAUGUAUUAUUGUGGGUAACUAAACCGUACUAAGAAAUUUAAUUGCACACUUUUGGAAAUGAAAAAUUAGAAAGCUGGAAAUUGACAUUCCAUGAUGGCUGCGUAUGUUGUCAUGCAAAAUCUGGAUUUAAUACUGUGACUCCUUAUAGCUGUGAUUUGUGAUGAAGCAAUGAUCAAACACUUCUGAUCACAGGUUUCAAUGGCCUCACCUUUCUGUAAACGAUUUGUAAAAAAUCAUGUGAUAGCUGGAUUUAUUGAGCAUGGCUGUGACGAUGAUUAUUCAUUGAUAGAUACCAGCAUGAAGGCAAAGAAGGGGAGAGUUCGACUGAGCCCCAAUGAAGAGGCUCGGUUGAUCAAGGAGGAGACGGAAAAAAGACGACGCCUUCGGCUUCAACAGGUGAGAGAGCAGUCCAAUCUAAAUGCUGCCAGAAUUCGACAAGCUGUGAAACAGGAAAAGAACAAGCAGCUCCAAAAGUUGGCCUCCACACUUCAGAAUGAACUUGAGAAAGAGAAGGAUGAAAAAAUAAGACAUUUGGAGAACCAGUAUGAAAAUAGUUUACGGAGUAUAGGUCAAGGCCACAGAGAGGCCAGUGAACAGGUGGAUGUGGAUGAGGAGCGUUACCUUAUGCAGCAGGAGUCAAACAGAAGAGCGGAUAGUCGAUACAAACAGGCUCUCGAAAAACAGCGGCGGGAACAGAUGUUCCAGGAGUACGAGCAGAAGUACCACAUCAUAGCCAGGCAAACAGCUUUAGAAACAGAAAAGGAGAGGGCUAAGAAUAUCGCCUCCUUGCCUCCCCCUCCAAAAGAUCCAGUGCUGGAACUUCAGCAGCCAGAAAGGAAGCCAGUGAAAAUGACAGACAUUGAUAACUUCACUACCACCCACUAUCACAUCAAAGAAGAGUAUGCAGUAGACAAAGCCAAGUCCGUAGAACAGGGUGAUGCACGAACAGCUGCAGAAGAGGAGGAAAUAAGAACGAGAGAAAUGGAUCUAGAAAAGGUCCGUCUACAUAAUGACCGACUGUCCCGGGCCAGAGUUAGGCACAACAAUGCCCUGGAGAAAGAGCUGUUAUCUCAUGAUUACAACCAGAUUCUGCAUGACCUCAGUGACCUUCAGAGAGCAGACAGAGACCGAAGACAAAAGGUCGUGGCCAGUAUUCCGAAACAAGUGUUUGAACCUCCCCAUCGACGACUGGAAGAUCGAGAUGAACGUCAGAAAAACAUGGAGGAAGCCUUCGAGGAUAUGUACAUGGCUGACACAAAUUACAUGGGUGACCUGAGUCUGGCCCUAGAUCCCCAUCCUCCCCCCGACACCCCCACAGCCACGGAUUCGUUGGAGGCCUCGGUGCUGACCGAUGACACUCCCCUCCAUCACCCCCCAGUGUCCAGGGUUCCCACCAUCCUCAAGGACACCUCCAAUGUACAGAAAACACAGGACGACAUCAGUGUACAGAGGCAGCCAGAGAAAGUUCUUAAGAAGCUCAUGGACCGAAUCAAGAGUCAGAGACAGGAAUGGAUGUCCAAGUCCAUGCAGGAAGUUCCAGAAGGGGCAGGAACCAUGGAUACAAAGCCCAGCCAGUCAUCGCCGGGGAAGAGCAUCGCACCCACUCUUUCUGAAUACUCCCUCUCUGAGCAAGGCUCACCUGGCAUCGAGAAUGUGGAACCAGUCAAGGUCACUCAACCAGCAAAGUUAUCACGACAACCACUGAGACAGCACUCCCAGGGACAGCCUGGACAGAGAGAACCAGUAAAAAAGCAGGUACAAAUUGAGGAGCCUGUGAUUGGUGGACAGAAUGCUCGGUCAGUGGAGGAAAUCUUGGAACAACAAAGGCAGAUUGAACCACUGUUAGAUUUAAUGGCCAUUGGUACACAGGCAGCGGAACAAAAACGACAGUUAGAAAUGAAACUAAUGGAGUUAAACAGGAGACAGCAGCAACUUAACACAUCAGUGGGUGAAAAUAUUUUUCGUGGAAAUGAUCAAGAAUUCGUGACAGCAAAUGGAGUUACAUACCAGCAGCAACAGAAAAUGGGUGGACCGUCUGCUAGCAGUGGGCACCCCCAGAUUAGUCGUCCCUCACAACCAUCCUAUACCUCUGUACCUCAGUCAGUUCAAAAUGGACAGUAUUUGAAUGGAGCACACCCAUCGUCAAUAGGCUUUCAACCAACAAGUAAACCAUCCGUGGUAAAUGGGCAGACAUCUCUGAAUGGGCCGAUGUGGGCAGAACCUCCGCAGUCCAUUCGCUCAAAUGUCUCCAAUACAUCUGUUUCUCACAGCUGGGUGGAGCCACCAUCUCUCUCUCAGUACACCAUUCCAUCAAGUUCAUCUUUACCUAGUGCUCAGAUAGCCCCACCUUAUUCAUACCCCUCAGCUCCUCCUGUGGUGACUGUUACAACUGCUUCCUUCGUCCAACCGCAACAGAGUGCUGGUCAGUCAGCCAUGACCAGGUCACAGGCCCCGGGUAUGUUUAUCACCCCGUCACUGCCGAUUCCUUCAACAGUCUCCAUGUCAAUGCCAACACAGUCACAGAUACAGACAGAGCAAAUGAGAAAAGUGAAGGAGUACCAACAACAGCUCUUGCUUAAGCAUGAACAGAGCAAGCGAGUCCUUGCAGAAACCAGGGCAGAAAUCGAGAGGCGGAGACAAGAAUUACUGCAGAGGUUUCCACAGCUCGAGUUCAAGUCACCAGUUGAUAACGCUCAUCCUCUAAAUGGUCACAGUGAAGAUGUUAAAGUGGCUAAUGAAAGGGAACCCAAAUUACUUACCUCUAAAACUUUAUCCCCAAACAGAGCUGCCAUGACUACACUUUUGUCCCAGUUAGCCAGUAAUCCUUACUAUUCAACAAGAUUGUCAGAACCUGCUGAAGAGCAUCAACCUACAGAAACCAAAGCAGAAGAUGGCAGCAAAAAUAAGUUUAAAAAAGUGAGAAAGUCCCUUCCAUUUGAUGCUGAUGACACACUCCAUGAGACACCUGGAAAACCAGGAAUAUCUCAACUUUAUCAACCCAGUCCAGGCUCAACAACUGCAAAUGACACCACAGACUUGAAUGAUACCACAAUGUCCUCAUCAACAGAGAGAGGCAGUCCAGCAUUGCCUGGGAGAAAGUCUGGAUUAUCAACCAUGUCUGAGUCGGAUCUGUCUCUACUAAGCACUGCAAAGGAAAGAAAUGACUUGUUUGAACAGAGACAGCUAGAGUUGCGGCGACAGUUGGAGUCCAUACAAAGGCAAAAGGAGGAGAUCCUACAACGCCACCAAGUUGUUCAGAGAAAGCUGCCAUCACAACAAUUGUCACCGCCAAAAGAUCCAUACAUGGACUCAGAGGAAGAUUUAACCGAAAACGAGUUAUCAGAUGACCAGUCACCACUGGCUGAUAAACAAAGUCAAAAGUUGGCACUGCCUCCAAAUAAAAAGACUACAAUACUUGGAGAUCACAGGCCACAUGAACUGAGUACCAUCCAAGAAGUGGAAACUUCACCAUCUAGUGCUAGACAUUCUGGGUUAGCAGCAUCCAGUCGCCAUAGUCUUUCCUCCACAGAGAGGAGCUCCUUGUCUCGUGCAUCCACUGAGAACUAUCAGCAGCCCCCUCAGAUAGAGGCUCAGCCCGACAGACCAACAGCUGACACAGGGUACCAAACAGCACCCCUGGAGGAGGUGAUGGCCCGGGCCUCAGAGUUCACCCCAGGGGUCUUAGACAGACUGAAGCAGAGAACCAAUGAUGUGUUUUACAGUCAGAGGGAGGAUGACUCAACGGAUUCAUAUCAACAGAUGAACUACACACCGGAUUCUUUAUCAACUGGUCCUCUAGAAGAAUUGAAUGCUUCUUCUACAAUGUCCACCACUCCUGGUUCCAUCUCCAUGGCAACACCUAAAUCAGAGAACUUCCUUGGAACACAGAAUCAUGGUCUAUCAACCUUGCAGAAUGAGAGCACUGAUAUGUCUCUUCGCAGUUCAAGAUCUUGGGCUGACGAACUCUUGACAUUCCACAAACUUCAACCUGAAAGAGCCUCACUGGAAUCAAAUUCAAAAUCUGUGAAAGAAUCAUUGGACAGUAAUGCUGGGGAGAAUGCACCUCACAAGGCACCUGUGGAUAGGAGUUAUAAUGUGGUUCACAUGAAACAGGAUAAAUAUUCUCCGGAUUUCGUCAAGGUUGGUUCUGACAUGGAUCUGUCUCAGUACCCUAUUUCGGAGACCAGUGAUAAAUCUGAUCGUGGUGGUUUGUCUCCUGCAGCGAGACUUGAGUCAGAAUUAUCCCAGUAUCCAAUCUCCUCGGAGGUGUCUCCAAGUAGUCAGGACCUUGGAAGAAACUACAGAACUUCUCCCCAGGACAGGAGUGGAGAACCGAAUCAAGCAAGUCUGGCUUCCACAUCUGAGAGCACCAGCAGUUAUAUGGAUCUGAAGAUGGACAACAGUCUCUUGGGGACCAGGGAAUUUGACUUCAUUGGACACAGUAGAGUUCCAGUUGUAGCUGACAGCAGUCAAGGGGAUUCCAUGUCACAAGAAGCCAACUCCUACAACAUCAGUGGUAAAGUGGAUUAUGCGAGUACACCAAACCAGAGGUCUGAGCCUCUCUCUGCAAAGAGGCUUUCCCAAAUCUCUCAAUACACAACCUCUCCAGAAGAAACAGAGAUUCAGGCAGGAUCGACCAGGUUUCCUCAGUCAGAGGGACAUUUCCGAGCUCUUUCUCUCCAAAUGGAUGAUUCGGAAAACCAGUCCCCUGUCCAUCCCCCAGCUUUCACCAAAGUGUCUGCUCGUGGGGGUCUCUCUCGUCUGUCGGAGGUAGGAGAAAGCCAAACCUCAGACCAGAGUGUCAAAUCUGACUCUAACUUUCUCUCCAAGUUUCCAGACGAAUCCUCUCUCAGUCAGUUUACAGUGACUACCACAGACCAGUCCUCAAAGGACGACCUCUCCUUGACCCAGAUAACAGUGAAUACAGAAUCUCCAUCCAAAACAAUGGGGUCAAUGACCCAGUUUUCGUUUAAGUCAAGUCCUGACGUCCAUGCUAAGACUGAUUCCUCUUUGAGUCAGUACAGUGUGGAUAGUCCUGUGGCCCAUAACAUUUCUGAUAAAUCGGGCAAAAACACCUCGUCAUCAACCAGCCAAGAUGAGGAGGAUGAAAGUUACGUUGCUCAAAAGUUUGCUAAUUUAGACCAGCUGAUACAGGAAUCAAGAGACCUGAUAACAAAGCAUAAACAGCUUAUUACAAAGAAUAAGGAGGUGAGUCCUCUCAGUUCUGGGGGAGUCCCUAGUAUGCUGACCACUCCGGAGGGUCAGGCUGGGUCGGCUCCAGACAGCUUUGUCAGACCGCAGGAGGAAUCCAGGGGAAUGGAGAGCUCUAUGGGGCUUAGUUUGGACAAUCAGCAAAGCUAUGGAGAGAAUGGCAGUUUUCAACAGUUGACCAUGGAAAGUGGUAUCACUGAUGAACCUGACCUGACCUUGCUGUCGGUGACCUCCGACAUGACCGGUCAGGACCCUGGGGACGAAAUCUCAGGGGAGAUAACCCACCGAUCGGACGGGACCAGCGGGGGAGACUCCAUCUUGUCUUUCGAACAACAUGAGCAGAGCAUGAGAAGCUCACCUGACAGAGAUGUUAAUGACAGUUAUUUCCAAGAUCUAGCAGUACCCCGCACCAAUGAAAACAACAACGCAUUCCGGCCUGUCCCUGCUGUACAGAGGGAUGCGGGGGAUGAGAAUGUUUUCCGUGCCAUCCCAGUAUUGGUGAGCCCUACCCUCUCCCUCUCUAUGAAGUUCAGCAGCUCUCAAGACAUAAAGUUCAACAAACCUCCCGUCUCUUGGUCAACAGAGCCUGAGGGGGAGGGGGAGAGAGGGGCAACAAAACCAAACCGGAAUUCAGACCAACUCAUUUCCAAGGUCCAGGAGCAGAAGGCAGAUUUGGAGAAGACUGCCACUGAGGCUAAGCAGAAGGUACAGAAGGCCGCGGGCCUUAACCGGGCCCUGCAGCCCCGCGGGGGGAAUCAGGGGACAGGGAAAGCAGGGAACAAAUCGGCCAAAGACACCAACAAGGGAGCCCCCAUGAGUUUAGGUCAGUUUUUGAGUUCUAGGAAGGAGGGUUCAUCUUUGAUGGGGAAGAAAUCUGACAGCAAGCCUACUCCUCUGCCAAAGCCUCAGAGACCGGGGACAGGUACAAUGAAUGGUGGCACAGGCAUGUCCAAGACUCUGUCUUCCUGGAAGAAAAGCAGAGGAGUCAAAUCUACAGUUCCCCCACCCACCAAGUCCAGCGACCUGCCCUCAACGUCCUCUAAAUCCUUCUCCUCCCAAAAACCGGUCACCUCCAACAGUGCAGAGGACAGGAUGUAUGAGCGCAACAUCAGGGCAUACAAUCCUCGAUUGUUUAGGUUACAAAAUAGAAUUGCCCACCAAGAGAACCAGUUGUCAAAAUCAGAGGAAGACAAACAGAAAUCCUCUACUCACACAGAAAAAGUCAAGGAGUUCCAAAAGACUCCUGAUAAUUUCCACUCUCUCUUCAUUAUUGAUCUUCAAAAACUAGCACCCAGUAAAUUGCCUAUGCUCAUCAGAAACUACAAGAAAACAUGAUGAAAAAGCAACUGAUGAAGAAGCACCAAUCUAAAUAAGAAGGAUCCCAUAAUCCUUAAAGGAAAGUGGUGCAAAGCCCGGAGAUGAUCAAAGAUUAUUUUGUUCAUAGUUUUACUAUUUUUAAAUAUGUACAAAUGACAGUAGCAUUGUAAAUAAUGUAAUUAAUAUUUAUUUGUACAUGCUAGGUGCUUGGAUGGCCUGUUUAUGCCAUAUCACAUGUAUGUACUGAAACCAUCUUAUUAGAAAUUAAAGGACCAUUGUUAGAGCUAUAUUUAUUACACUAAAAUUAUUUGACCUCAAUUUUAAUUUAGAAAACAACAGAUUCUGAUUUUACAUGUUAAUGCACACAAGAUAGAGAAACAAUGAAAAAUAGAAAAAAUGUUACCAUUCAAAAAAGUAUGAUCGAUAAGCAUAAUUGUUCUAAACGAAUUAUUUUAUUAAGUUGGUUGUAAUAUAUUCUUUUGUAACUUUUUUUUUUAUUAAUUAUCAAAUACUGUUUAAAUAUUGUUAUAUAUCUGUUGACAAUUAAAUGCCUGUUAUAAAAAAGAUAGAAGUAAUAAUACAAUGCAUGGAAUACAUUUUUAAAGACCAAUAAGAUACAUGUAGAUGUGCAUUGUCUACAAUUUAUUUUUGUGGUAAAAUGUAUAAACAGUUAAUAAUUAAAUUUUCUUGUAUUUAUCAGGCAUUCAUCAUCUCAGAUUUCAAAUAUUUAUUAAAAUUUAUAGUGUAAUUCAGACAGCAUUUUUAGUUGCCAGUUUAGGACAAUCAUUUUUGACUACAAUGGUAUAUACACUUAUUUGUACAUCAAAAAUUACACUUUCCAAACAAAUUGUGGUUGAAGAAAAAAAAUCAGUUACAGUACGAAGCACAUAUAGUACUUCCCCCAGAUUAUAUGGGCGAGUUAGAUUGAUUUUUUAGUUUCUGUAGUAGAGAUGGGGGACAGUUUGUCACUGAAUAAUUACGCAGCAGGUUUCCUUUGUUUGAUAUUACCUACCUGUAUCCUUUAUUUGUAUUGAAGUUUGUGGUUAUCUGUGAUAUGUAUAUGAAUUAUUAGUAAUGACAAUAUUAAAAUUUGAAUAUUCAA